AAUCCCUCAACAAAUUGCUUGUUAUGCGUCCGAGGCCUCGAAAGAAAAAACACAACUUCCACAACCGACACCCAAAAAAGGUACAGUUAGUGUGCAAGUAGCUAACCUUGUAGAACAAAUUGCUUCUUUGACCUUGAUUGAAACGGCGGAACUUGUUCAAGAAUUAAAAAGCCGCUUGAAUAUUCAGGAUGUGGCUUUACCCGCAAUGAAUGUUGUGGCUGCCGCUCCUGUAGCCGAGGCACCAAAAGUUGAAGAAGUAAAGGCACCAGAAAAAGCCGAUUUUACAGUAAAAUUAGAAAAAUAUGAAGCAACAGCAAAGACAAAGAUUAUUCGAGAAAUCAAAAACAUUCUGCCUGGAAUGAACCUUGUGGAGGCAAAAAAAUUUGUAGAAAGUGCACCAAAAGUUAUCAAGGAACAUGUUAAUAAAGAUGAAGCAGAAAAAAUUAAAAAGACAUUGGAAGGUUUUGGGGCCAUUAUCAUUUUGGAAUGA